AUGAAAUCAAAUGGAGGUCAAAAAUCUAAUAAUACUCUAGGAUCAAGAAACUCUAGGAAAAUAAAGCGAAUGAGGCUAAGAUCAAAUAAAUAGCAAGGUUAAAAUGAUAUGAAAAGAAAAAUGGCUGGUAAUAAUUCAACUUAAUCUGUGAAAAUAAUUAAGACGAAAUCUCUAUAGAGAAAUAGAAAUUAGUAGAAAAACAUUAGUAUCCAACCUAAAAUUGAAUAACCUCAAGAAUCUCAAACGAAGGAUAAAUAAAAAUAGUCUCAAGAUACAAAAGUUAAUGAAAAAUCAAAAAGAAAUAAACAAACUACUAAAUAAAAAAGGUAAAGUAGCAAGGAUAAGGAGUAAGAAAGGAUUGAUACAUAGAUGGAGGACUAAAUUAAUCAAAAACUAAAAUUUUAUAAUGCUAAAUUUACAGUACUUACAGAGAUAGGAAUUCCAACAAUAAAUUUACAUUAUGAUAGAAUAAAAUAGUUUAUCAAGUAAUAUCAAAAUGAAAUUAAAUUGAAUGACGAAAGCGUGAUAUCAAAGCUAAUUGGAGCCAUAGGUGAAGCAUAUGUUGAGAGUGAUAAUGAAGUUACAUUAAAUGUAGAAUCAAAAAAAGUCAUGAUCUAAAAAUAGAUUACGGAAUAUUUAGAAGAUUGUGGAAUCAAACUUGAUUGGACACAGGAGAGAUGGGAUAAAAUAAUUCAAAGCACUUUGUUUGAAAUUCCAUACUUUUAUAUGCCAAAUGUGAAUAUGAGGAGAGAUUUAGAAGGAAAAGAAAAAUACUAAAUUAUAUUAGAAACUUUGAAUUUGUUCACUUAAAUAAAUAAAUGGAGUAAGAUGUAAAUGCAAUGUCGAUUUUGCCAGAACUUUCCAUUAUAAACCAAAGAGAGUAUUGAUAUCAGAGAGCUAGUGGACGAAAAUGAAUUACAUAAUGUCAGAUUGAUAAGAGAAUAUUUAAGUCGCAUUAUGAAUGCAUUAAAUAAGAUUUAACAGUUGCAAGUAUAAAGAUAAACCAGAGAUGAAUUACAUCUAACAGCUAACUAAUUAUAGGAUCUAUCAGUAGAAUAUUAUUUGAAUAAGAUGAAGGUACUAUAACUCAAACCAGUAAUUUUGUAAUAUGUCACAAAUUAACCAACAGAAAAGCACACAUAAAAAGAUGAAAUUAGUUAAGAUCUUAUUUUAGAUAAAUCAUCCAUAAAAUAAAACGAUUAGAACGAUUAGUCUUAGGAUGGAUAAGUAAAUAUGUAGGAUCAAUUACAACAAAAGAAAACUAUUCAAAUCAAAGUUCUUAAAUCAAAGACUCUAUUAGAAUAUUUUAAACCUGCCAAGUAACUAUCUCAAAAUGAUGAUAACUCUUAAAAUGGAGUUGAAAGCAAAGAAAAGGAUGAGAAGUUAAUGAAUUAAUCAUCUGAGAACAAACCAUAAACCUAAUACUUUGAUAUUUUGGAGAACUUUUUCUAAAGCAAGCUGGGUAAACAGACGAAGGUUUAGGAUUAAAAAAAAUGA